UCUUUGAUCUUCACAUCCUGGUCUGCACCUUCCCAGCAGGCCUGUGGUUCUGCAUCAGAAGCAUCAAUGCCGAACGCGUGUUUGUGGUUCUGUACGGCAUCAGUGCGGUGUAUUUCGCCGGUGUGAUGGUGCGGCUCAUGCUGACUCUGACGCCGGUGGUGUGCGUUCUGUCAGCCGUGUGUUUCUCCAGCGUGUUUGAACGCUAUCUGGGCGACGAGUUCAAGCAGGACGAUCCUCCAGCUGAAGACGCCGCUGAUGAGGACGACAGGAGGAACUCUGGGAGUCUCUAUGAUAAGGCUGGUAAGCUGCGUAAGCAUCAGGUGUGUGAAGAGGGUUUGGGUUCAAACAUCAGGAGUCUGGUGAUCGUCCUCCUGCUGCUGCUGCUGCUCAUGUUCACUGUUCACUGCACGUGGGUCACCAGUAACGCUUAUUCCAGUCCCAGUGUCGUGCUGGCCUCAUACAACCACGACGGCUCGCGUAGCAUCCUGGAUGAUUUCAGAGAGGCGUACUAUUGGCUGCAGCUCAACACCGACCAACACUCGCGCAUCAUGAGCUGGUGGGAUUAUGGGUAUCAGAUUGCAGGCAUGGCCAACAGAACCACGCUAGUGGACAACAACACCUGGAACAACAGCCACAUUGCGCUGGUGGGCAAAGCCAUGGCGUCCAAUGAGAGCGUGGCGUAUGACAUCAUGAGGCUGCUGGAUGUGGACUAUGUGCUGAUCAUCUUCGGAGGGGUGAUCGGAUACUCGGGCGACGACAUCAACAAGUUCCUGUGGAUGGUGAGGAUCGCCGAGGGAGAACAUCCCAGAGACGUGCGGGAGAGCGAUUUCUUCACGCCGCAGGGAGAGUUCAGGGUGGAUAAAGCGGCGUCUCCAGCGCUGCUCAACUCUCUGAUGUAUAAGAUGUCGUACUAUCGCUUUGGAGAAAUGCAGCUGGACUUCAGAACUCCUCCAGGAUUCGACCGAACGCGAAACACCGAGAUCGGAAACAAGGACGUGAGGCUGAAGCACCUGGAGGAAGCGUUCACUUCUGAGCACUGGCUCGUCCGGGUAUAUAAAGUCAAAGAUCUGGACAACCGGCAGCCGCUGGAGCGCAAACCUCGAGUCACCAGCGCCAAUCACACGCACAAACACAAAUCCAGGAAGGGCAGCAGGAGGAAACGAGGAUUCAUUAAAAACAAACUUGUUCUGAAGAAGGGCAGAAGAUUGAAACGGAAACAGAAGCGAACAAGACUAGACUCAUUGAAACGAACAAAAGUGGAUCGGUGAAGAUGAAGACUGACUGAUUUUACCUGGUGCUCUGAGGCUCUAAUGCUCAUUAUUAUCUUUGCUUCACCGUUUCAUACUUCAGUGUGUUGAAUAUGACUGGGAAUAAUAGAAUUUUUUAAAAAGGGGAAUGUUUCAUUUUUUUAGACAUUAAAGCUGAAGGAAUGAAGAUGUUGAACCAAAGAGCUGAUGUUCUCCUCGAAUUAACAUUUGCACUUGAAAAUUACAAUUAUCAUUAAAUUUAAAAAAUGCAUUUAGGCCUAAAUUUAAGAUUUAUAUAUAAAAUUUGCAUAUAAACUUGUAUUUGUUUAAGUUAUCAGAUUUAUUCAUAUUUAUCAAUCGUACACUACCAGUCAAAAGUUUUUGAACAGUAACAUUUUUAAUGUUUUUUAAAGAAGUCUCUUCUGCUCACCAAGCCUGCAUUUAUUUGAUCCAAAGUACAGCAAAAACUGUAAAAUUUUUAAAUAUAUUCUUACUAUUUAAAAUAAAUGUUUUUAUUUUAAUAUAUUAUAAAAUGUAAUUUAUUCCUGUGGUUUCAAAGCUGAAUUUUUAGCAUCAUUACUCCAGUCACAUGAUCCUUCAGAAAUCAUUGUAAUAUUAUAAUUAUUAUUAUUAUGUUGUUUUCUUUUGCAACAUUAAAAAUGUCUUUAUCAUCACUUUGAUCAAUUUAAAGCAUGCUAAAUAAUAGAAAAUUAAAUUCUAUAAAAUUUAGCUUUGAUCACAGGAAUAAAUUACAUUGUAAAAUAUAUUCAAAUAGAAAGCAGUUAAUUUAAAUAGUAAAAAUAUUUUACAAUAUAACCGCUUUUGCAGUUCAAAUAUAUGCAGGCUUGGUGAGCAGAAGAAACUUAUUUAAAAAAUAAAUGAAAAAAAUUAAACAUCAAAUUUCUGCACUUAAAACAAAUCAUGUCUUAUAUAUUAUUGCUUAUUUGCAUCCAUUGAUUUUAUUUUUAAAUAUUCAUAUAUUAAAAAUGCACUUAUUAAAAUUGCUUAAAAUUAGCAUAAAUAUAUUCAUUGUAAAUACAAUUAAAUUUAUGAAACUAAAAUAUAAUCAUGAUUAAAAUAUGACUAGCUGUGGAGCUUAAAAGUGUGAUUCAAAUACAUAAACCUUAAAUUUAGGUCUUAAAAUGUUUUUAAGUGUAUUUAAAGUGAAUAUAGUGAAUUUUUAUAAGUACUCUUGUGUAUAAUUGAUUUUGAAGGAUGCUGAUAUUGUAUAGUUUUUGUUUAUGUGUUUUUAUUUUCUAUGAAUCAACGAUGCAAUAAUGAUAUCAGGAUGUUUCUCCAUUAUUUUUUUUUUUCAUAUGUAAUUCAUAACUCAGCUUUUGUAGUACAGUUUUGUAUGUAAAAAGAAAUGAAAAGCUAAUGGCUGCUGCUCUAACUUUCAAUGAUCUGAUGCUGCUUCACUCCUCAGACUUGAAUUACAUUGUGUGGAUUUUUAUACAACGUCUCUGAAUUAUGUACUGAUUUCAAUUUAUUUCUCAAUAAAAACGUCU